UCAAUUGUGACAUUUUACCACCAAAUAUAAUAAUUUAUGGAAUUAACACUUUUAAAUCAACACUAUAGUUAACUAUCUUAAAAAAAAGUUUAAAUUAAGUCUAGAUUUAGAUUCAUUAAAUUCCACCGUGUAGACUAUUUGUAAGCGAAGAUUGGGGAUUUUGUUCUUCCCCCAUUAACUGCCAUGAUCAAGUGAAUGAAGCUGAAUUAAAAUAACUCUCUCUCCCUCUCUCCGACGACGACGAAUUAUGAUAAUGGUAGUGAUUAAUCUGAUAAAGGAUUUGUGGCGGGGUCUCCAUUUCGUUCUAUCGAUUCAAUUCUGGAGAAUGGCGUUGCUAUGGUCACUUUCUGUUCUAGUUUCUCACUUCCAAUUGCUUAAGGAUUCGCUAUUUUCUCACAAAAUUGUAUAUCCAAGGUGUUCAUCUUCCACGUUCCCUAAUACUCCCGUUUGCGUCAUCACCGGUGCAACAUCUGGUUUGGGAUUUUCUACUGCAUGCAAGAUUUCCAAGGAAGGAUUUGUUGUCGUCAUCGUUGGAAGAUCAGAGCAGUUGUUAUCAGAGACCAUAAGAAAGAUCAAAGAUUUGAAUGAGGAUGCCCAACUCAAAGCUUUUCAGGCUGACCUUUCAUCGGUUGAGUCCAUUAUAAAGUUCAAAGAUUCUCUGCGGCAGUGGCUUCUGGACUCCAAUUUGCACUGCUCGGUGCAAAUACUGAUAAACAAUGCUGGAAUACUUGCUACAUCUCCUAGAGUCACGGCUGAGGGAUACGAUCAGAUGAUCGGCACAAAUUAUGUCGGCGCAUUUGUUUUGACCAAGCUUCUAUUACCACUUCUUGAAAACAGUUCCGUGUCUUCCAAAAUUGUGAAUGUAACAUCCUUUACUCACCGAGCUGUUACUAAUCUGCAGGUUGAUGAGGGAAUUGUAUCUGGAAAGAAAUUUUUAAGUUCAAAGCAUUAUCCAUAUGCUCAGGUCUAUGAGUACUCGAAACUAUGCGUACUUCUCUUCUCAUUUGAGCUCCACCGACAGCUUACCCAAAUGGGUAAAUCUCAUCAGAUAUUUGUCAAUGUUGCAGAUCCUGGAAUUGUAAGAACUAACAUCAUGCGAGAAGUUCCAGCAUGCCUGUCUUGGUUUGCAUACUUUGUACUGAAACGCCUACGCCUAUUGCAAUCCCCUGACCGGGGGAAAGAUUCGAUUAUUGAUGCUGCUUUUGCUCCACCUGGAACAUCAGGAGCUUACUUUUUUGGGGGGAAAGGUAGAACUAUAAACCCUUCAGCACUUUCACGAAACGCCAAAUUAGCACACGAGCUUUGGGAAACUACAUGCAAUAUGCUAUCGGCGACUCCCUUUGGUAAUGAGUGAAACAGUUUUUAGCAUUGGAUUGCAUGUCAAGUCAUGUAACAAAGAGACUCAGUGGCACACUUACCUGAUGUAGAUGUGUAAUAAGUGAUAACAUAUGCAGUUUUGAGCUUUCUAAUGCAUGUUAAGCUAUCGCUUAGCUGAAGCAAAAUUUAUUGGCAUUUCUAAAAUCACUGGUCAACAAGGAUCUCAAUUAAUUUGCACGUUUGUUUUAUGAUUUCAACAACUACUACUACUUGAAGAAAUAAGGAAACACUGCAAUGAAAUUAUUGUCAGUGAUUAUUGCAUGAAAUUGUUCACCCUUGAUAUCACAA